AUUAAAAAUAAUAAUUAAGUAUGACUUCUUUUUUCAUUUUAAAAAAAAAAGCCCUCAACUAAUUACAGAUGAUUCUUAUCUGUCGUUGAUUAUCUGAUGAAUAUCUUUUUCUCCAUAUAUAUUAUAUACACAUAUCUUAACACCACACAGUUGAGAUAAAUUUAUAUACAGAGAAGAAGAAGAAGAAGGGGAGUGGGAUCUCUAAUGGCUUCCAAUGCAGCAGUUUGGUUGGGUUUUUUUGUUUUGGUUUUGCUUAGUGUGAACAGUGAAGGGUCGAGGCACGGCGGUGAACUGAGCCAUAGUGAUGUUUUACGGCAGCAAGAAGCGGACAGGGUGGUGGAGCUUCCAGGACAACCGGCGGUGGAGUUCAAGCAAUAUGCAGGGUACGUGACGGUGAACGAGAGUCAUGGUCGAGCCCUGUUUUAUUGGUUCUUUGAAGCCACCAGCAAACCUGAGAAAAAGCCCCUCUUACUAUGGCUCAAUGGAGGUCCUGGAUGUUCAUCCAUUGGAUAUGGAGAAGCAGAGGAGUUGGGACCUUUCUUCACUCAGAAAGAUGAACAAACCCUAAAGCUUAAUCCACAUAGGUGGAAUAAAGCUGCCAACUUAUUGUUUCUUGAAUCUCCGGUUGGUGUUGGGUUUUCUUAUACCAACACAAGCAGUGAUAUCCAUCAACUGGGUGAUAAAAUCACAGCUGAGGAUUCCUACAUAUUUCUGGUCAAUUGGUUCAAAAGAUUCCCACAGUUCAAGUCGCGUGAUUUCUACAUUGCUGGUGAAAGCUAUGCUGGGCACUAUGUUCCACAACUAGCUGAACUUAUCUUUGACAGUAACAAGAUUGUUCCCAAGUCGGAUUACAUUAAUUUUAAGGGAUUUAUGAUUGGGAACGCGUUGAUGGACGACGAAACAGAUCAAACCGGAAUGGUGGAUUAUGCAUGGGAUCAUGCAGUGAUAUCCGAUGGAGUUUACAGCAACAUCAAAAUCAAAUGUAAUUUCAGCACUCCAAACACAACUAAUGGUUGUAAUGAAGCCAUGCAGGCUUACUUUGAUGUCUACAACAUCAUAGACAUGUACAGCUUGUAUGCUCCCACUUGUAAUAGUAACUCCAGCACCAGUAAUAACCGACAACGGCCGAUGAUUCAAGGCAUUGCCCCACAGAUAUUUUCCAAAUUCGACCGAUGGCAUAUGAGACCGGCGGGAUACGAUCCUUGUUUAUCGGACUACACUGAAGUUUAUUUAAAUAGGCCUGAUGUUCAACAAGCACUUCAUGCCAACGUAACCAACAUCUCCUAUCCAUGGACUCAUUGCAGUGACAUUAUAAAUACCUGGGGUGACGCACCAUCUUCUAUGCUUCCUACACUUAAAAAGCUCAUAGCCGGAGGUAUCCGUAUUUGGGUUUUCAGUGGAGAUACCGAUGGAAGAAUUCCAGUGACUGCAACUAGAUUAACCCUGAACAAGUUAGGGCAAAAAAUAAUUGAAGAUUGGACACCUUGGUACACCAACCACAAACAGGUUGGUGGGUGGACGAUUGAAUAUGAAGGGCUUAUGUUUGUAACCAUUAGAGGAGCAGGUCAUCAAGUGCCAACUUUUAAACCAAGUCAGGCACUUCAACUAGUGAGGCAUUUCUUGGCCAGUAAGAAAUUGCCACCUGCACCAUUUUAGAAAUUGUGUUUAUUUUUUCUUGUUCUUGCUUUCAUUAUCACAGGCAAAUGAAAUCUGAGAAACUUUAGUUUUCAUUUGUAAACAAAACCAUUAGCUUUCAACAUAUGUCAAUGCAUUUGAGUUUAAAUUUAUUAUAUACAUCAGUGUUUCUAUC